AUGCACCUCCAUGGGCGGCUCGGCUGCGAGCACGCGUACCCCGACGAGCUAAAGGACCUCACGCCGCUCGAGGAGAAGCUCAUCUCGCUCAACUCGUGCUACGGCUUCGUGACGAAGUAUAGCAUCCCCGGCGGCCAGAGGCAGAGCGUGAGGUACCCGAGGCACGUCAAGGGCCAUAUCACGGUGUUCCCGAACGACGUGCAGGGCCUGGCUGCCAGGUGCUGCCGCACCCGCUGGUCCGGGUCAUGGACGAGAUCCACGUCUCGUGGCAGGGCGCUGAGAGGCCCGGGCCGCGGGACCUAUCAGGCCUGCUGUCGCCAGCUGGGGCGCCGCCGCACGGUGCCGCCGGUGGUGUGCGAGCGGCUGGAGCGAAACGAGCCGUCGGCGCGGGAGAGGACGCAGACGGCGCAGGUGGUGCCGCCGUCGGAGCGGGCCAUGGACGACGGAGGCGCGGCCGAGAUCGAGGAAAUCCUCGCGAUGCUAAGGCAGGGCCAGGACCCCGCCGAGGGGAGCCGCGACGUCGGGCUCACGUGCGAGGACGACGACAGGGACGGCGCUAGGCCCGAAGAGGACGGGGACGUAAUCAAUGAGGUAACGUCUUCCGGCAUGUUCCCGUUAGAUGGGGCGCCAGAUGUGGCCGACGCCGAGAAGAUUCGCUUCGCCCGCGACGCGGUCGGGCCCGAGGAGCGCGCGCCAGCCGAGGACGUGGGUAGGGACGGCGGCCAGAGGGCGGCGGGCGACGGCGGCGACGGCGAGCCGUACAUACAGGUGCGACGCGGCGAGGAUUUCGCCGACUCGGCGGACGCCUCCUUCUUUGCAAAGGCCUUUCCGACCCUGUUCCCCUUUGGCUUGGGCGGGCCGAGGCUCGCCGACGAGGACGCCGCGGGAGAAGGGCCUUAUGUCGACGCGGAACAUGAAGCUCAGGCAUGGGCCGACGUCGUGCUGCGGCGUCACGGCGGCCGGUUCGCGACGCACCCUAUCUUCGCCUUCCUUGUCUUUAACAUGGGCGUGCGGUCUAAGAACCGCCAGGCCAGCAUGCUAGGCGUAGCGAGGAAGAACUUCGCAAGGGUCGAGGGCCUACUAAAGUCGUUAACGGCGCAGAGGCUCGAGGCGGCCAGGCCGAGCUCGAGGCCACAGGGCAACGCGGGCAUUGGCGACGCGCUCGCCGGCCCGGACGCGGAGGAGCAGGCGGCGUACCGGGAGCGCAUCGUCCGCUACGUAGAUAGCGUCUUCUCUGAGGAGCUAGACGCAGAAGGUUACUGUGCCAUGCAGGCAGAGCGGUCGGCCACGGCGGACAUAUCGUCGCGGCUCGACGACGUCGCGCGCUUCACGGACACCUUCGACGAGGAGGCCAACUUCUGCGCGGGCGCGACGCAGAUCCAUACGCAUAGCGCGACCUGCGCGCCGUGGAGGUUGGUGGAGAGGACGGCGCUGACGGCGGACGGGGUGCUCGAGAUCCGGCGGACGCAUAGCAUGGUGAACCGGUGGAACAGGGCGAUGGCAGUGGGGCUACGACACAACCACGACAUCUCGUUCAUCGCGACGCAGCGCAAGACCAUGGCCCUAAUCUACUAUAUUACUAACUAUGCGACGAAGGUAGAGGACCCGGUGUGGAAGCGUGUGGCCGCCGCGGCCGAGUUCCUUCCUGUGCUAGAGCCGACGGGAGAGGGCAACAGAAGUGGCGCCGACCGCGACGGGAAUAAGACGAGAACGUUCCUGCUUAAGGCGGCGAAUCGAGUCUUUACGGAGCGGCCGCUGUCGCAGGUCGAGGUGAUCGCGCACCUCCUAGGGUACCCGGCGGAGUUUAGCAGCGGCUCAGCGUGGGCGUAUAUAAACGCAAACCAGCUCUACUGGGCCGUCUUCCGCCGGUGGCGGCACCUCCGACGGGCGAGCGGCGCCGAGGCGACGGGCGACGCGCCGGACGAGACGGUCGUCGUCGAGGAGGCUGGCCUGAGAUCCCUCUCGUCGAGGCCUACCGGCACCGGGGCGAGCUCCUGCGGGGCCUCUGCCUUUAUGACUACGCAUCGCUUACGACGAGUCGUGCCACCGGAGGGCGGCGGUGCAGCACCUGGCCCUAUUCGUGCCGUGGAGUCCUUCCUCGGCGAGGAGGCAGGCGACAUUAACAACAUCUGGGCACGGGCGCGGGAGUCGCUGGCGCCGAGGGUCGCGCGGCUCGCAGACAACGUGCAGCUCCUCCGGCGGUCGGCGGAGGACGCGAAGCGCGACGCCAAGCAGUGGGCCGCCACGGCCGAGGAGGGCGGUAUGACGGCGCCGCAGGCCGACGACGAAGGCAGGGGGGCGGCCGAAGGGGGCGAGGAGGCAUACCGCGCCGGCGGGGCGGGCGACGCGGCUCGGCUCAUCGACGUCGUCCGGAACGCCGCCAGCGCGGGACAAGUCACGGCGCAGUCAACAGAGCUGCUAGCGAUGACGCAGCAGCUCUGCCGGUUCCAGCAGUCGGCGCUCGGGUCGGCGGCCGAGCUCGCGGCGACGGUGGUGGCGGACGAGAGGGCAGGCAGGCGGGUGAACCUACCGGGCUCGGCGCUGUCGGGGGCGGCACUGCCGCGGCAAGAAGAGGUGCGGGCCAUCAAGUCGCAGCAGAGGAGCGCGGCGCGGGGCGGAGCGGGCGAUCCAGGGCAUCCAGGGCGGCGGGGCGGCGGCGGGCGUCGGGGCCGACCGCGGCGCGGCCUUCGCGGGGUGAUGGGGGGCUUCGGCGAGGACGACAUCGACGUAACGGCGGCCGACGGCGACGCAGACGCAGGCACGGCGGCGGGGGAGCUGGCGGGCCAGCUCACGCUCAACGAGAAGCAGGCCAUCGCCCUCCUAAUCGUGUGCCGGCAACUCGACCGAAUCCGGCAGGGCGACGACGCAGGCGGCGACGGUGGUGGCCAGCUCUGCCUAUUCAUCGGCGGCGAGGGCGGCACCGGCAACCGGGUACUGGUUACGGCGACGUCGGGGACGGCGGCAGCGCGGAUCAACGGCAUCACGCUGCACUCGGCCUGCGGCCUUACGGUCGGCCAGGGCGGCCGGGCGGGAGGGGACGAGGACAUUGACGGCGUACGGCUGGCGGGCCAGGGCGAGCGCUUCGUCGACGGCCGGUCGCGGAUGGACUGGCAGGAGAAGGAGGUGCUGGUGAUCGACGAGGUCAGCAUGCUCGGGGCGCGGACGCUGCACGCCGCCAACGAGCAGCUCUGCCGGCUGCGGGGGUCGGCGCGGGACUUCGGCGGCAUCCCGGUAGUGAUCCUCUGCGGCGACUUCCACCAGUUCCGGCCGGUGCAGGAACGGUCGAUCCUGCUGCCGAGCGCGGCGGUGGCGUGGGACGAGGACGGGGCGUUCGCGGCCGAGCAGCGGCGGCGGCACGACAAGGCGCACGCGCUGUGGCGGCGCUUCACGACGGCGGAUCCCGUGGGAGACGGGCCUGACGGUGGUGACGCCGCUCAACCGGAACCGCUGGAACCUCAACCUAGAGGCGGCGCUCGCGUUCCGGAGAGGCGGCGGACGGCGGCGCGCGUCUUCCUCUCCGAGCAUAAGUGGAGGGACGGCGUGCCGACGGAAGAGGAGGCGGUGCUAAUGCUAGGCCAGGGCGACGACAGCGCGACCCCGGUGCCGGCCGUCUUCCUCUUCGUGCCAGGCAUGCCGGUCGUCGUGAACCAGAACACGCACCAGGGGCUGAAGCUUGUGAACGGGGCCGGCGUCAAGAUCACAGCGCAGCGGAAGCGGCCAUGGCAGCGCAACGACGUCAGCCGGAGGGGCCUGCCGUGCGCGGCGGCCUUCGCCUGCACCGACUAUAAGGUGCAGGGCGGGACGCUAGAGCGCGUGGCGCUGGAGCUGCGGGGGGCGAGGAUGACGACGGUCGAGGAGGGCGGUGCCGUCGUCGUGCGACCCGUAUAG